UACGAUGUCAAUUAGAUCCAUAUUGGUCUUUUCAUCAACUACUCGAACAUGUCCAAGACAUAACAACAAAUAGUAUGAAGUACUCAUAUUUUCCACUUCAACUUAUUCUUAAUCAACAUCCACAUAUUUCAAAACAUGCAUUUCUCGAUACAUCUAUGGAAUUUAAAUCAUACCAGAAUAAUAAUACAAUGAUGAUUGGUGAUUCUCAACUUGUUCCAAUAUCUUUCGCAUUCAACGAUAAUGAAGAUGAGAUAUUAAAUACAUCCGACUUUUCUCUUUCUAUUUAUCAGGAUAUGAACAUGAAUCAACUGUCAUGCACAAUCAAUGCAUCACUUGACUUGUUCAAUCGAGAAACGGUAGAGAGGAUUUCUCAACGGUUUCAUUCAAUGCUGAAUCAAUUACUUACAUCUGUUGAUGAUCAAAUGAAUAAAUCAAUCUAUGAAGUAUCGUUAACACUACCAAGUGAAAGAUUAGUCAUGCAAUCAAUGAAUAAUAUACAAAUAUCAUUUUCAUCUCCUCUCACUUGUAUCCAUCAUGAGUUUGUAUAUCAAGUAAUGAGACAUCCACAAAAACUAGCAGUUGAACUCGAUGAACAAUCAUUGACAUAUUGUGAACUGCUAUAUUAUGUCCAAGUCUUAUCUUUCAGUCUUCUUAAUGAAUAUCUUAUCACUCCAGGUGAGGUCGUGUGUCAAUGUGUUGAGAGAAGUUUGUCAAUGGUGAUUGGAAUGAUGGGAAUUGAGAUGGCUGGCGGUGUUUAUUGUCCAUUAUCACCUCGAGAUCCACAACAUCGUUUGGAUGCACUCACACAUCAAACAGGAAGUCGUCUUGUUCUUGUUCAUUAUUUAACUAAGAUCAAAUUUGAUCACGACAUUGUUUCACUUGAUAUUGAUUCAAUAGUAUCGGACAACGAGAGAGGGAGUAAAGGUGACAUUGAUGGGCUAUCAAAUGUUUCAGUAGCAUCGAAGAGUAUGGCUUAUAUCAUCUUCACAAGUGGAUCCACUGGAGCGCCAAAAGCGGUGAGUUAUUAA